AUGGGAUCCAUGCAAUCGGUUGUAACCACACUCGAGGCAGUCUUAAAACAACGGGACAUUAAGAUAGCACACAGAACCCUUAAGAACUUUGUAAAAGAGGUGGAUCGGGUGGCUCCCUGGUACGCAUGUUCAGGGUCCCUCACAGUUGCAUCAUGGAAUAAGUUAGGCGAAGAUCUUGAUUGCCACCUAGCGAACAAUGACUUGAGAUUGGGCACUAAGGCAAUCUGGAAACUUGUUAAGAACUGCUUAGAAGAUGAUAAUUGCAAAAGGGCGGUUGAUGAAGGACAGGUCGCCCUCGAGGAAGUUCAGGACAGCAUGUCAGAAACUGAACUCAGUGAGAGGUUGGGUGCGCGCAAGAAAAAGGAUACCCAUAAAAACAAAAAAGCUAAGGACCCUCCAAAAAAAGGAGUGCAACCCCCUAAAGAGUCCAGCCCCCCGUUUAAUCCUCUAGAGGAAAGACCACAUGGACUCUAUCCUGUAAAGGAGCUAAAAGCACUGAACCUCGACAGUUCUGAGAGCUCCAGCCCCGGUACCUCUGAUGCAGAGACUCUUGAUUCAGAGGAGGAGGCUGAACUAGAUGAAGAAGCGGCCAAAUAUGAGGAGGAGAGAUACUAUCCAGAUGAGCGAGAGAUAAAUAAAAAACACCCUCGCACCUCCCAUCCUCGAACAGUGCCUACUGCACCUCCGCCUUAUGAGGCACGAUCUCCAAAUUUUUCUUUUGUGCCAGAUAAGGUUAGAAAAAAGAUUCAAAUGACCUUUCCUGUUUUCGAAACAGAAAAUGGAGGACGAGUGCAUGCGCCCGUAGAUUACAAUCAAUUAAAAGAAUUGGCUGAAUCAGUCCGCAAAUAUGGAGUUAAUGCAAAUUUUACUUUGGUGCAAUUAGAUAGACUUGCCAAUAAUGCUUUAACUCCUGUUGGUUGGCCAAUGGUGGCAAAGGCUGCCCUUCCAAAUAUGGGUCAGUACAUGGAAUGGAGCCUCUGGUUUGAGGCUACCCAAACACAGGCUCGAGCAAAUGCCUAUGCUCUUACCCCUGAACAGAGAGAUUGGACCUUUGAUCUGUUGACAGGCCAAGGACGCUUUACUGCGGACCAAACAAAUUAUCAUUGGGGAGCUUAUGUUCAAAUUUCUCAAACGGCCAUUAAGGCCUGGAAGGCGUUAUCUCGUAAAGGAGAGGCCAAUAGGCAGCUUACAAAGAUUGUACAAGGACCUCAAGAGUCAUUUUCAGAUUUUGUGGCCAGAAUGACGGAGGCCGCAGGGCGCAUUUUUGGAGAUAUAGAACAAGUUGAACCUUUUAUUGAACAGCUGAUAUUUGAACAAGCUAUUCAAGAAUGUAGGGCAGCCAUAGCCCCCAGAAAGAACAAGGGAUUACAGGAUUGGCUCAGAGUGUGCAGAGACCUCGGAGGACCGCUUACCAAUGUGGGCCUAGCGGCUGCUAUCCUCCAAUCUCAAAAACGUCCUGCUGGUAAGACCAACCAGAGGACUUGCUAUAACUGUGGCAAACCUAGACAUUUUAAAAAAGAUUGCAAAAAUUCAAAUAGGAGGGGGGAAACACCGACCCUCUGCAACCGUUGUGGCAAAGGAUAUCAUAAAGCUAGUCAAUGCCACUCGGUGAGAGAUGUCCAGGGGAGACUCCUCCCACCCAUCAACAAUCAGACUACUGAUAAUAAUCAGGCUGCUGACGCGCCAAAAAACGGGCCAUCGGGCCCUCAGUCCCAGGGCCCUCAAAGAUAUGGGAACCAGUUUGUCAGAACCCAGGGGGGCAACAGAGACACAGCUCAGGACACUCCACAAGAGUGGACCUGCAUGCUGACUCCGACUUCUUACUAA